GUGCCGGUACUCCGAGUCUCCGACCUCCAACUCCAAGACGGCACUCCUCCCCUCAGGGCUCAGACCACUCGCUCGCUACAAUGAGAGAGAGAGAGAGGGAGAGACAGCCAAAACCAACCGCCUCUCUCUCGUUAUCUUCUUCAACCCUCCCUCCCUGUCCAAUUCCUACCUGUUUUCCCUCCAAAACCCUAAAUAGUUAACUGGACUGACAAUUCUAGAAAUGCCGCCAUCGCUGUCCUCCGUCGAGCUUCCUCCCUCUCGCACGGUGGAUCGACGGAUCUGGCAAGCCUGUGCUGGUUCCUCUGUUCAAUUCCCCUCUCUCAAUUCCAGGGUCUACUAUUUUCCGCAGGGUCACCUCGAGCAGUCUUCUUCUUCUUCACCUUCUCCUUCUUUCCUCUCCUCUUUAGUCCUCUCCCGUCCUAUGAUCCUCUGCCGCCUUUCCUCUGUUCAAUUCCUCGCCGAUCCUGUCACCGACGAGGUUUACGCCACGCUCCACCUCCUCCCUCUCGACCCGUCUUCUUAUCCCCUCAAUGCGCCUUUGCCUCUCUUUCAACCUUCCCAGGAAGAUAGGAUUAUGGCCUACGCCAAGGUUCUAACCGCUUCCGAUGCUAAUAACGGCGGAGGAUUCUCUGUCCCGAGGUUCUGUGCUGACUCCAUAUUCCCGCCCUUGAACUACGAAGCCGACCCUCCCGUACAAACCCUAACCGUCACUGACGUCCACGGGACACGCUGGGACUUCCGCCACAUCUACCGUGGGACUCCCCGUCGCCACUUGCUCACCACUGGAUGGAGCAAGUUUGUCAACAACAAGAAGUUGAUCGCUGGCGACUCUGUUAUAUUCAUGAGGACCUCCCAAGGGGAGAUGUACAUCGGAGUGCGCAGGUCGGCGAGGUUUAGCAAUGCUGCCAAUUUCGCCAGGUGGCGGGAGCAUUUUGGCACCGGAGAGGCCAAAGUCAAGCUUAAGGAGAACGGUUGCUCCAUGACCAGUGCCAGAGGGAUGCUGACUCCUGAAGCCGUUGCCUCUGCAACGGAGAUGGCUGCCCGGGGUUUACCGUUUGAAGUGGUUUAUUACCCCAGAGCAUGGUCGUUUUCCGAUUUCGUGGUCAAUGCUGAUGUCGUCGAGGCUGCACUCGGUAUGUUUUGGUCUGCCGGGGCCAGAGUUAAGAUGGCUGUCGAAUCAGAAGACCUGUCAAGGACUACAUGGUUUCAAGGCACGGUUGCUUCAGCUGUGGUUCCAGGUUGCGGGCCAUGGCAAGGAUCUCCUUGGCGAAUGCUUCAGAUUAAGUGGGAUGAACCUGAAGUUCUACAGAGUGCCCAGAGAAUCAGCCCUUGGCAAGUCGCAUUUGUUCCAACAAAUUCAUCUUUCCAAGCUGGGAUUCCCACACCAAAGAAAUUGAGAUAUCCAGACAAGUCUGAGUUGCUGAUAGAUGAUGGAGAGAGAGAUCUCCGCUUUCCUAUGUCAGGACUAGCUAAUCCAACUGUUGGUCCACCAUUGUUGAAUUUCAACAAUUUUCCUGCUGGCAUGCAGGGAGCCAGGCAAUAUAAUACUUUUCCCCCCUUUGGUUUAUCCAACUUUGUGAGUGAGAAUAGUUGUCUUCAGAUAUCUGCUGCUGCUACUACUUCUUUCACAAACGUUAUGGUGCCUAAGUUGGGAAGCGUGUCAACUGAGCUGAACAUUGGUAGCUCACAAUCUGGUAACUUAUCACCAGACAGACAGAGUAGCAUGCAGUCUUUUGGCACUGAAAUUGUGUGGAAUCAAGGCUGCACUUCUGCAAAUUGUGGCACUAGAAGCUCGUUUCAGCUAUUUGGUAAAAUCAUCCAUUUCAAUCAUCCAGUUGAAAGAAGUUCUGAUGACGUAAGCUGCACAGAAGAUCAAAAUGCUGAAGACUGCGACAAAGAUAAUGAGAGUGUUAACCAUCUGCUCGACCUAUCUCUGGCUUCUUCUUACACUGAAUUUCUCAACCAGAUAGAUGUCCAGUGCCAAAGAAGUGGAGCUGUUGACACUUAUGAACGAGUCAUUAUGUGAUUGAUGUCAAGCUGCCUUAUGGUUAUGAGCAGCUGUACAGGUGAACUUUGUGUCCGACUCUGGUUGUCUUAUAUCACAAUGUUACGCACAUUCUUGGGGAACAAAACUGGUUAAUUGGAGCAGCAGAACCUCCUUUAGGGGAUAUCUAAGCUAUUGUUCAUGUUUUGGUGAUUUACACUGUUCUUUUGUCCCCUGCUUCACCAAAAUCUGAGGCACACUUGCAGGCCAUAACGAGGCAUUUGAGCUUUUGUUAUUUUAUUUUUAGUAUAGUGUAGAUUGUCCGGUUACUUCUUCCAUGUUUCUGAAUGCAUACGUUGGAGUACUGCUGGUUGGUUCUAUUAAUUGUCUGGCUAAUACCACCAUUCUUGUGAACUCGGUAUGGCAGGUAAGAUCGAUUGGGCGGGCAGGCAGGGAGUUGACUUCUUCUUGCUGGACUUCCGUGGCAGUAGUAACUGGCGUGCGAACUAGGGACUCCAUGCUUUCCUUUGUUUUUCUGUUUUUCACCCUAAUUGAUCCACUGGUUGUAUGGAAUACGCUUCACAUACAUUGUUUACAACACAAUCGGAUACUGCUGGGUAUGUUGUGUUUGUUUGUUAGUUCAGACAGUUGUGUUAUGUUGAUAAGUUAGUUGAUGUGUGUUCUUUGUACAGGGGUUGCCUCCCCUUCCAUUUAUGGGCCUUUUUUCUCAUAGUUAAAACUAGGGAUGGGAAACAGUGCAGUUGGGAAUUGAGAAGAUUAUAUAUAUAUAUAUAUAUAUAUAUAUAUAUAUAUGAUCCGCAGUCCAGAUCGAGAGACUAUACACAGAUUAUGAACCAAACCAUAUAUUAUACGGUUCAGAUCAUAUAUUUUAAGUCCAGAUUGGAUCAUGUCUGCACGGUGCAGUUCGAAACGGUCUUAAUUGGGCCGAUGACGUUCAACUAAAUUUCACUAUUCUUCGUCCCUCCAAUUCUCACCAGUGUCCAUAAAAAAAGUUCAAUUUCCAU